AUCACCUUAUAGGGGUAGUGACAGCACACAUGGUCCUGACAAUGAUAUUGCUGCUACAUCUAAUGAGGAACAGGCUACACCCAUAAUGGAUGAUGAAAACCCUCCAAAUGUCUGCAACCCUCAAAGCCUUCAACUGAUGUGCAUGAUUUGCCAUAAGCAGGAUGACAAUCUCAAAUCAUUUGUAUCUAGUACAUGGGAUACAUUCAAAAGGGCGGCUGAAUCAAGACUUAUGCUAAAGAAUGAUCGAUACAGGGAGACAACAACUGAUGUAAGCUUGCUGGGAGAAAUGCCUAAUGAUUGGUACCAUUCAGCAUGCUAUAAAAAUUACACAACCGUCAGGAAACCAUCCACAGGUGUAAGAGAGAAACAGCCCAUUAAGAAACCAGAGACGCGACGGCGAAGUUCGAUGCCACCAUCAGAUGAACGAGGUCUAUUGAAAGGUUCCUGUAUCUUCUGCCCAGUGCAGCGGAAGACUAUAAAAGGAAAAGUGGAGCCCUUGUCGGACUGUUCCACAGAUGAUGGCUGCAGAGCAAUAUUUGAAGUUGCUCCGAGAAGCAGCAAUGAUCGACUCAAAUCAACUAUCAGUACGCUCAGUCAUUGGAAAGAUCUUCAGGCCAAGGAAGCUCAAUAUCAUAAGUCAUGCCGUCGUGCCUACUUCAAAGAGGUUGACGGUACUACAUCACAGCUUUCAUUUUCAAAUAGACAAUUACAUGCAAAGACAUUUGACACAAUAUCUACACUAAUUGAAGCAGAGGUCAUUCAAAAGAAACGGGCAAUGCUUGUAACUUCCACUCUUGAACUGUACAGAAGUGAGUACCUAAGUUUAGGUGGAACAUCAGAUGACUUCAAACGUUACACAGCACAAGCUUUUAUGAAGAAGAUCAAGGAAAGGUUCAAAGAUCGGAUUUCAAUGUCAGUUUAUGACCAAAGACGGGGCAAUUUUCUGUACGAUUCUACUCUGUCUGAGUGUGAAGCUAGAGCCAGAAUCCAUGAUGAUGAUGAAAGGCACCUAGAAGUUAUCCAGUCUGCAGCAUUGUACCUUCGAUCGGUGAUACAGGAAAUGCCGAAAUGGAAUACUCCAACGCCAACUUCAGUACAGACCCUGAAGGCUUCUUCACCCGAUCUGCCAGAAGAAAUUCUACUCUUUUACAAGACUCUCCUCUGUGGCCUUCGAGAACCAACCGGGGAAGGUAACAGGGAAGCUGUGGAUAGAAAAGUCAUGUCCAUGUCAUCCGAUGCAGUCUACAAUGCCUCGAGGGGAAGCGUUCGACCGUGGAAACACACUGUCAUUGGGCUUGGGCUUGGUUCCUUAACGGGAUCCAAACUGAUCCUCAGGAUAUUGAACCGUUUGGGGAAUGCCCUGAGUUACGAUGAGGUCAAAGCGCUUGAAACCGAGUUCGCAUACUCCAAUGAAAGUAAUGGCAAGGAGACUCCAGAUGGCGUCAGGCUUAAUUCCUCCCUUGGAACUGGCUUAGCAUGGGAUAAUUACGAUGUCAACAUGGAGACCAUUGAUGGCAAAGACACCUUGCAUGCCACUGUGGGGAUAUGCUACCAGAAUGAUGAUACCACAAACAACCUGAACAAUGCGAUUCAAACAGUUACUAGUACAAUUAGAGGGAGGAAAAGACGACAGUUCCGUGGUGAAGAGCGUGACAUUGAACCCUACUACAAACAGCUGAAGAGAGCUCGAUUUGAUAUCCAUCCACAAGCUGACCAUCAUGACGAGAAUGAUACCAAAGAUCGAGUCAUCGACUUCCACUGGUUGCUACAGAAUGAAAUUGGCAAGCCAUUGCCACUCUAUCCAGGGUUUUUUUUCUCAAUUCAUCAAUGAUCCACUCCCACAGCAGACGAUCUGGUAUAUGGAGCCUCUUCCAGCUGCACCAACUAGAAAUGACGUAGUUCGAGAAACUAUGAAAAGGUCCAUGAAAGUUGCUGUGGAAACUCAACAGGAGUAUGGCAUAGUUACUUACGACCUGGCAGUGGCCAUUAAGGCCUAUUCAAUACAAGCAUUGGAUGCCCCUCUCUUCGACAACCUCUUAGUUAUGCUGGGGAACUUCCACCUAGAAUUGGCUUUCUAUGGAGCAGUUGGGACAUUCCUGAAUGAUAGCGGAGCAGAGUACUUGCUGAACGAAUCAGGGAUACUGGCUGAAGGGUCACUGGUUGGUUUCAUUCGUGGCAAGUUCUACAAUCGGUGUGUCAGGAUCCAUGACAUACUUGCUCUGGUCAUGGAAAUGAAAUUGUACGCAAGCUUCUGGUCAACCCUCCCGCAGGAUAGGAAGGAUGCCAUCGAAGAACUUCUUGCUGAGGUCCCCAGUGAUCUCAAAGCCCAGGAGGAGUUUCUUGGCGCCCAACCUCUCUUUGCAGAGCAUAUGCAACAAUAUGAACAGUACUUCCAGAAAGUCCUGAAUGGAGAACUUGGCCCAACUGCCCAAUACUGGGCUAUUUAUGUGUACAUGAUCAACCGCGUGCACAGAGACCUAAUGCGAGCCCUACGUACCAACAACGUUGAAGAGUACAUUUCAGCACUGCCAGCCAUCAUUGACAUUUUCUUUGCCUUGAAUAGGACUAACUGUGUACGUUGGGGCGUGCUGUUUCUCAACCAGCUGGAGAGGGCACCACCUCAGGCCAAGACAGUACUCAAGGCUGGAGCAUUUUCCAUUCGACGAACUGGCAAGAACUUCUCUAGGUCAGCCAUCGACUUGACACUGGAACAAACGGUCAACAGAGAUGCAGCCUCACCCAUGAGGGGCAUUGUAGGGUUCCAUCACUCUGUAAAUGCCAUAAGAAGAUGGUGUAUAACAUCCACUCAGCGAGGAAUGGCAGUGACCGAGUUGCGAAGUAUGACUGGUUUAGAGAUCGAUGAACAGCCUGCAUCACAGCUACGGCCCCGCAGAAUUGAGAAAGACAGUACCCAGAGGAAUACUUUGCUCAAAGUAGUGACAGAGUCAUGCGACCCUUUCUCGGUACCAGCAACAUCCUCUGCUUGUCUUCUAAAUGUCGCCACAGGAAAGGCAGCAUCAGCAGCAACACAGAAGUACUUGUUAGAGAGCCUGACUGAAGGUCAUGAACGUCAUAUGAAGUUUCGAGAGGAAUGCACGGCUGUCAAGGACAGGUUCUUAAAACCAAUACCAAAGAGAAAAGUAGCUAAUUUUGCCCAGGAAAACUCCAGAAAACACCAGACUGUCAGGGGCAAAACUUCUGAAAGCCUCAGAGACGCAUUCAUUCGCAUCCUCGUCGCUGUGUCCCAGCAGACAAACUUUGACCUUCAGCAUGUACUGAGCUUCCCCCUCACCAAAUGGCCACUAGCAAUUACUCACUCUGAUGGAUCAAGGAUGACGACUAACAAAAGCAAGCUGCUGAAGAAGCUGGAGGAACUGCAGGAUGGAUUUACCCAGGAACAAUUGCCCCUGAUCAGCGUGACACUGAUUGAUGGAGGUCUGCUGAUCCAUUCAUUCCUGUCCACCCUGGGACGUAUUACCACCUAUGGGAACUUGGCACGGUCGCUGCUGGCAUCUGUCUGUUCUAGUCAAGGGAACGAAAUCCACGUGGUGUUUGACACCUAUCGCACUGAUUCACUCAAGGAGAGUGAGAGGAUGUUACGUGGAGCUGCAGACCAGCCCUAUGUCAUAAGUGGACCAGAGCAAACAGCUCGACAGAGUUGCCAAAAACUCUUGUUAAAUGGUACCUUCAAGGAUCAGCUAGCCCAAUUCCUACUCAGAGAAUGGCAGGAGGACAAGUACGGGGCUAUCAUAGCCAACAAAACGUUAGUUGUGUCCCAUGGUGGCAACUGCGUCCGCCUUACCUUUGAUGAGGACAGUCGAAAAAUGAAUGUGGAACAUCCGCCCGAACUCCAAGGAGAGCAUGAAGAAGCAGACACUUUGUUGGCAUUCCAUGCUGCAUCAGGACUGACUGGAAAUAUUAUAGUCAGAGCAUCAGACACUGACGUGUUAGUCAUUCUUCUUGGAAUGCUUGGCAGGAAUCUGGUGACCCCAUCACCGUUAGACUUGCGGAUCAUAAUGGACUGUGGGUCUGGAAAUGACCGAAGGCACAUUGACAUCAGCGGCAUAGCACUUGCUUUGGAAUCGAAGCAAAAGGGAUUAACAGCUGCUUUGCCAGGCCUGCACUCAUUUACAGGCUGUGACUACACCACGGCGUUCUACAGGAAGGGAAAGGUCAAGCCUCUUGAAAUCCUAGAGAAGGACUCUGAAGGUGGUCUGAUCAACUUCUUCACCAAACUAGCAUCCCCUGAGGAGCCAGACUUAGCGAAGGCUGAGGAGUUCGUCUGUCGAUUAUAUGGAUUCAAGGACACGAAUGAUGCAAAUCAAGCCAGGCACAUGAAAUUGAGGCAGAUGACUGGGAAAAUCAAUAAGGUAAUGUGCUUACUGCAGUCUGCUGCCUUUGGCCUUGUGUUAAGAGUCUGCUGUCAGAGUCAAUCGAUUGUAAUGGAAUACUAAUAAGAGUAUUUUGUGUUUCAGGAAGAUCCGAUGGCCAACCUCAAGAAAGUAGACUGUGCCCUUCUGCCACCUUGUUCAAAAACGAUUAAGAACAAACUGCAAAGGGCACACUACGUCAGUCUCAUUUGGGGAUCUGCUGACUCUGCAAAUCCUGCAAAUCAGCGGGAUCCUCUAGAAUACGGCUGG